AUGGCGAAUGUGCCAAAAUUCUUCAUCUUUUCGCUGCUGUGCCGCGUGCUUUUCUUCCUUUCGGUCUUCGAAAUACACUUCAAGUCGCCGAUCAUUCAUGGAAUUACUGAUGUCCAAGUCGACUGGAUUUCGGCGGAGCCACGUGCCAAGCGGAUUGUGAUAUUCAUAGCCGACGGGCUGCGGUAUGACAAAUGGCAAGAAUUCAUCACACUUCAGCCCAGCAGAUUUUGGGCUCGUACUUCGAAAGGAGAUCAUUGCUCGGUGGGUAUAUCCAAUACACGCGUUCCGACCAAAACCCACCCCGGGCAUGUCGCGUUACUGGCUGGAAUUUACGAAGAUCCGAGCGCUGUUUUUCGAGGCUGGCAAGACAAUCCAGUGGACUUCGAUUCCGUGCUGAAUAAAAGCUCGACUUCUGUUUCCUGGGGUGCUCCCGACGUUGUGCUGAUGUUCAGAAAGGGCGGAGCGGAGAGGCAUUCAAAAUUCUACGCAUAUGAUCACGACACCGUAGAUUUUGCCGAGAAAAAUGCAUCUUUUACCGAUGCUUGGGUUUUCAAUGAAGUUCAAAAGUUUUUCGAAUAUGGUGACAUGCGUAUGGUAAAACCCUAUGCCGUAAAAGUUACGCUGACGAAUGCACUCCAAUUAUUGAGCCAGGUGGAAGCGUUGGAACAGAUGCAGGCUUCAAGCAUUUCGUAUCGCAGUUUUCCAUUUCGUGAGUUGGAAGAUCGACAAGACAGAAUUACACGUAUCAAGGUUUUCAUUAGAAGUUCAAAUUUUGAAAAAGCUGUAAUGGAAAUUAUUUCGCUUCGUUCCUUGGCCGCCGAAGCAUUGGAAUACUAUCAGUUUCUGCGGAAGCCCGCGAUGAUGCUUUCUUUGCUGUGCAGCUAUGUAAUUUGGCUCGGGAUAGUUUAUAAUUGCAAAGCGUGGCGUUCGUUGGAAUUUUGUUCAGACGAACAGCUUUAUCCGGGUCCAAUUGCGGAGAAGUCGCCCGAUUUCCGUCAAAUACGUCGACCUGUGUUCCUCGUCAUCUACGCGUUACUUGCUUUUUUUGGCACCGGUAACUUGGCCAGUAUCAACAGUUUCGACCCAACAGCAGUGUACUGUUUCGUCACCAUAUUUGGGAACUGA